CCCCAUCCUGUUUCCCUUCUUCAUAUCAUGGCUAGCCACAUAUCUAAUUGACCUCCUACAGUGACACCCUGCCUGAGGAGACCUCAGAGGGGAGGAGAUGGGCAGGAGGCAGGGGAGUGUCACAGAUCCAAGAUAUGUGUACAAAAAGCACAUGGUUUCAGAGUGUUUUUGCAGACCUGCAUUCUUAGCCUCAGCAAGUUUAGUAAGAACAUAGAUGAGAGAUCCUGCAAAACUUCAGUCUACAACUCCCAGCCUGAUCAUCAGAGUAGGAGGAGAGCUCAGCAUCAAGCCUGCCUGAGAGCUGCACUCAUCUCCUGCGAGCUGCACUCAUCUCCUGCGAGCUGCACUCAUCUCCUGCGAGCUGUCUUAGGAGGAAAAAGUCUUCUUAUUGAGCAGCUGUGCUGUGUCUCCAGAGCUCCAUCAGAAGGGACAGCUUGCAAAGCAAGCAACUUCUCCAUCAGGUGGCUUCAAGUAACAUGGAAAUGCAGUAAUCCAAAAAGGGACUAAAUUCCAGCCUGCACCUCAUUAAACAGCCCUGUCUCCUGCGCGAUCGCCCCCUCUUACAACAUGAAAGACGAUUUUGCAGACGAAGAGGAGGUGCAGUCCUUUGGAUACAAGAGAUUUGGUAUACAAGAAGGUACACAAUGUACAAAGUGCAAGAACAAUUGGGCUCUGAAGUUUUCUAUCAUCCUUCUUUACAUUUUGUGUGCCUUGUUAACUAUCACGGUUUCAAUACUGGGAUACAAGGUUGUUGAAAAAAUGGAUGGUGUUUCAGACGACAUGCAAGUAUCACACAGCAGUUACUCUAAAAAACUCUCUGAAGUGGAGCUGAACUUGAAAAAGUUAGAUGAUCAAGCAGGGGAGAAAACAGAAACCACCAACACAGAACUUUCAAGUGUAAGGUCAGAUAUAUUUGCCAUUCGUCAGCAACUCCGUGAAAUUACCGAAAAAAGUAGCAGAAACAAAGAGACUUUGGAGAAGUUACAGGAAGCUGGAGAACUGCUGGAUGCUAAACAAAGUCAAAUAAAAACCGCCUUGGACAACAAUUCCUUAAUAAUUAAUGGAGUCAACCAAACAUUACAGGCCUACAACAGUUACGUUUCCAGUUUGCAACAGGAUACCAGCAGUUUACAGACAAACCUGCAGAGUCAAAUGCAGUCCAGUAAUAUGAUGUUAAUGAAUAUAAGUAACCUAAAUCUAACACAGAUCCAGCAGAGGACAUUAAUAAGCUCGUUACAGAGGUCAGUUGAUGACACAAGCCAAGCUAUCCAGAAAAUCAAGAAUGACUUCCAGAGUUUGCAGCAAGCUGUCCUCCAAACAAGAAAGGACUCGGAUUAUGUAAGGGACAGGGUCCAAAGUUUACAAAGCACUGCCUUAAAUAACUCCGCUCUAGCCAAGGCCAACAAUGAAGCUUUGGAAGAUAUGAGUAGUCAACUAAACUCUCUCGGUAAUCAGAUUGACAAUAUCACAAUCACCGCGCAAAGUAACGAGCAAAACCUUAAGGAUCUUCAGGAUUACCAUAAAGAGUAUGAGAUGAAAACAAAUAUGAAGUUUAACAGUUUGGAGGAGCGUUUCCAGAAAUUUGAACAGGAUAUAGUGGGUAUUAUUAACAACAUAAGCUACACGGCUCACAAUCUCAGGACGCUGACUAGCAACCUCAAUGAUGUUCGGACCACUUGCACUGAAACACUGACUAAGCACACGGAUGACUUAAUUAAUCUGAAUAAUUCUCUAAGCAAUGUGAAUUUAGACACUGCUUCUCUAAGAGUACAGCAAGAUGCACUGAGGCUAAGAUUAGAUAAUGAAGUAGCCAACUUAUCGAUUGUUAUGGAAGAAAUGAAGAUUGUGGAUUCGAAACAUGGACAACUUAUCAAAAAUUUCACAAUAUUACAAGGGCCACCAGGUCCUAGAGGACCAAAAGGAGAAAGAGGAUCACAAGGUCCAGUUGGACCAAUUGGACCAAAGGGACAGACGGGAGAUAAAGGAGAGCCAGGUCCACCUGGCCCACCAGGUGAAAAAGGACCACCUGGACCCAUUGGUCCUCCAGGCGAAAAGGGCUCUAAAGGAUCAAGAGGUUCACAAGGCAAUAAAGGACAGAGAGGAUCCCCAGGAAGAACUGGUGAACCAGGACCAAAAGGAUUUGCAGGACCUCCAGGACCACCUGGAAACCCUGGACCUCCUGGGCCUAGUGGACCACCAGGACUACAAGGAAUGAAAGGACUUAUAGGUGAACCUGGAGUUCCUGGGCCUAGAGGCCCACCUGGCCCACCUGGUACUCCUGGAUUGCCAGGGUUGCAAGGUCCAAGGGGUCUCCCAGGACUUUCCCCAGAAAUUGCAUCUGAAGUUUCGUUAUCUCUUCAAGGUAUUCAAAAGUCAGAAUUAAUCCUUGAUCCUGCAGUUACUGGCUGUCCGCCUUACUGGACAAACUAUACUGAGAAGUGUUAUUAUUUCUCAACUGGAAAGCAUAUAUUUGACGAUGCCAAGCUUUGGUGUGAAGAAAAAGCAUCAAUGUUACUUAUCAUAGAAAACAAUGAUGAACAGCAAUUUAUUAAAAAAGAAACAAAAGAGAAAGGAAACUUUUGGAUUGGCCUGACUGACACUGAUGAAGAGAACGUAUGGAAGUGGUUGGAUGGUACAAUACCAACCUAUACAAACUGGAAAUCUGGACAGCCUGAUGAUUGGGACCAUGAGCUGGGACCUGGGGAAGACUGUGCGGGGUUAAUAUACUCAGGCUUGUGGAAUGACUUCCAUUGUCAAGACUAUAAUUAUUUUAUCUGUGAGAAAGCUAUGGAAAAAGGUCAGUCGUCACAAGCAUCAUAACUUUGGAGUUCUUCAAAGAGUUUAACCAUUCAAAGAAGAGAACGCUUUAAAAUAAAGACUAUGCUUCGCAAGAAUGGUGAAAGGAGCAAGCACUGAAACUCAGACCACAUAAAAUUCAGCACGAAGAUCCUUAAUCUUCCUGUUACGCCGCGAUUAUCUGGAUUUAGACUGCUAACAGGUGUCUCUCAGUGUUUUUGGGACAGUAUACAGAUGAAUAUGGACAAUAUUGAUUGCAACGUUUCUUAUUCAAUAUCUAUGCAUUUCAAACAUGCCUUGAAAACAAUGGCGUAUUACCAUAAAGGGUUGAAGAAUCUUUUAUCACGACAGUUUUAUAUUACUAAGUCCCAAACUGCAUUUUAGAAAAAUAAUAAUACAGAUAUGUAGUGUCAUAGUUGUUGGAAUAUACUUUUUAAAAGCUUUUUAAAACAAUGUAUUUUUGUACAAGAUUCUUGUGUGUUAUAAUUUUUGUACUGUAAAACUCCAAUGCCAAAGAACACAAUAAUGAUACUUUUUCAGUCAUUAGAAUAAAGUCAUUUACAGAGAUUUUUUUUUAUCGAGUAAAAAUAUAUAUUUUUUCCCAGUCUCCCGUUUUUAUAGUCAUGUGUUUUUUGUGAACUGUGUUUUAUAAGGCAAACAUUGUCUUUUUCAUGGCGGCCAAGUGUCUGGGCCAAAAAUUGAACACCAGUGAACUUUUUUUUACCUUUUUUGUUAUUGGAAUAGAAAUUGUAUUUCCCUGGAUUGCUGUUUUAAAAUGUUAUAUAUUAUUUAGCCAAAUUGGUUGCCAAUAAAUCCAUCAGUUCUCAGUAAAUGCGAGUCUCCAGCACAGGCUGCAGUAAAAUUCAUUUAUUGGUGGCAGUGGUCUCAUAUACUUCAGAGGGAUGAAGCCAAUCAAAAUAUGUUUUUAUUUCACUUUUUUGUUAUUCUUUAAAUCUCAGUUUGGAUUCUUAGAUUUUUGGCAAGUAUUGUGCAGACCGUCUUUUUUACAGUAAAUAUUACAUUGAAAUUAAACAA